AUGCCCUUCACCAUUACUUAUGGGCCUUCUGGGAAGGCUGCGUCUGCGACGAUGAAGGCCAAAUUCGCCGCGGCAAACCCCGGGGUGUCAGGCGAGGGCCUCUACAUGGAUUUUAUCUACCGCAGCUGGGCCCAGUCCCCCGACAGACCUCUGAGCAAGGUCCACAGAUCGCAUGGACUGAAGACGAUGCUGCAGUGCGGCGAUGUGGACCAGAUCUCGGCGGAGGUGUUCCACUUCCUCUGCGGCAUUCACCAGUGCAAGUACGGCGACGGAUUCAUGCGCGACGACAUGGUCCUGUGCGACUGCGACGGCGAGGUGCCGCGGUGCUUUGCAACGGUAUACAUGGAGCUGGCUCGCAAAGUAGAGUACCUGGAACAAAAGCUGAAGAAAUACCGGGCGGCCCGAAGCUCUGAUGUCCAUGCACCAAAUCCGAGUCACUUGGAGCGGACGAGCCGACUGAGAAACAGUUUGAUCAUGAAUUCCGCCAACAUGGACAACAUCGGCUGA